UUGGCACUUCGUCUAAUGGAGAAGGAGCAACUCCAGAAAGAGGAUCUAGUGGAACUGUUAGGCAAACGACCGUUCAAAGAGAAGGGGACUUACGAAGAGCUAGUUGGCUCAGGUAUGCUACCUUAUCAGUGGAUACUCUACUCUCGCCUAACAACAUUAUUUAACCGUUUUAUUUUAUUUACUUUUUAUGAUUCGCACAUUUUCUAUUUUUCUCGUUUUAUCUAUGCCACAGGGCCUCUCGACGAAGAUACCGAGCUACCGAUCGGACUGCGCGAUUGGAAUAAGGAGACCGAAGAGGAGCGUAAUAAGCGAAAGGAAGCUGAGGCCAAUGAGAAACCUGAUAGCGAUAAGAUUUCUGAAACUAGCAAUAACAAGGACUCCUCGAAAAAGAGUCCUGACGCUGAUUCAUCGAAAUUGCCAUUUGAACGCGAGGUGAAAAAUUUAUGGAAAGAUAUCGACAAGAAAGCGCCAUAA